AUGCGCCUCAGACUGACACCUCCGGACUGCGCGCUCCCCUCUCCCGCGCGCCCUCCCCGCAGGCCCGCGCGCCGCGCCCUGCUCUCAGUCCGCGCCCGCCCACCCGGAGGGGCAGGGGCCCGCUCGUCCAGGCCCUCAGUCCGCGUUCACCUGCGCUCCACUUCACCUGCCUGCGCGGCCCGGAGACGGGAGGGAGUCUCUCAGAGGCUCCUCCUCCGAGGUCUAGCUCCCCGCCGCUCUGCUUCCGCAUCUCCCGCCAGUACUUUCCAGUUCCCUCCCGCCCUCAACUCCCGGACCCCGGCCGCGUCAGGCCGCGGCUCAGUCCCGGCCUACGGCCAGCCGGGCGCGCGGCGGGCCACGUGUGUCCCCGCGCGCCACCCGUCGGGUCUGGGACCACCGGGGCCGGCCGUGGCACCCCAGGGCAGCCAUUCUCAGGGAUGCCUGUUUUGCAUUUUGCUCCAGCCCGCGGACGGAGGGCUGCCCUCGCUACCUCUAUUACCGCCCCUGUCCAGCGCUCCCCAGACUGGACAUCUCCAAGUAGGACACGCCGUUGAUACUCCGCCGACAGGUUUUGCGGCGGGAGCGGUGGGGCGGGGACGCCUACGGGAACAAAGACCCCCGCGGUGGAGGACCCGAGCGCAGGCUCCCCGGAACUCGCGGCAGCUCGGGCCGGCCGUGGGUUGCCCGGGUUCGGCGCUCUGCCCUGGCCCGGCGCGAGCCGCUGGGGUAAGGCCGGGGAGACGAAGGCGCUCGGGCUGGCGCGGUGGCGCGGCCCGGGCGGGAGCCUUUCCCGAGAUGCACCAGGAGGCGGCGACGGCGGCCGGGACCGACCCGGGACCCCUCCCCGCGCCCCCGCCCGGGGCCCUUUGUGCCGCUCGGUCGGUGCGGCCCUGGGAGCCUAGAAAUAACCGCUGCUCUUCGGGGUUUCGGGCCCGCGAGGCCAACUCUUUUUUUUACGCUCCCUCUUUGGAUUCUGAUUCUUACGAUAGGCUCGCGACGCCAGCAAAAUAAUUAUUUUUCUCCCGCUACUAACGCCGGAGGAAAUAGUAAGAGCCUUGCCUCAGGUGACAUAGAAGCAGGAGAGGCCCAGAAUCUUGUCAGUCCCAAGAAGCUUGAUAACAUAAUGCUUAUGAUGGCGCUCUCGUUCCGGGAGGAGUUGCCUCUUUUUGCAGUCACCUCAUAACACUUGCGGUGUGAAGCUUAGAGCUCUAACAGCAUGAUAAGAAAAGGGAGGUCUUCCAACAAAUAUAUGUUACCUUGACGUACGCAAAACUGGUGGCCUAAAUGAGGGAAUAGGGUAAUCAAAAUAUCCUGAAAAUUAGGUAUGUCGAACAUUUAUAGUAUUAAUCUUGGGGUACGUAUGUAUUGCAUGCCCAGCACUGGGCUAAUUACUAAAUUACUUGUAAACAAGACAUGUAAUUAGAAAUGUACUUUGGUCAGUGCUCUUGACUAUGCAGUGAAGACAGUGCAAUCAUAGUAAAGGAGAAACUAGAGGCAAUCUCAAGACUGCUUUGUCUGGAACCAGCAGGGUGAAUUCUGCCACAUUACAAGUAGCUGGCCAAUGGUUAAGUGGGACUAAAAAGAACAUGGGUUUACUCUUAGAUGGACCCAGGUUCCAAUCCUGCUGUGCUGCAAGUUACUGAAUUCCUCUGAGCAUGGGUUUCUCCAGAAAACAUAGAAGACAUUCAUUUCAAGGCUCUUUCUAAAGAUUACAUUUGAUAAUGUUUAUAGAGACCCUCUCGUGUAUGUACCUGUUACAGAGCAGAUACUCAGGGCUAGCUCUUCCGUCUUUUGUCCACCCUCCUUACUAGUUUACACCCAUAGAAAUUGAGUUGUUUGAAAAUCUGCAAUAAAACAAAGCUGAAUUACAAAAAUUGCUGUUUCCCAGAAUUUUGCUCAUGUAGUCAUCCUUUUGGAUACUUACUUUAGACAUUUUUUUAGAAGUUAAAUUUUUUUUUUAAUUGAAGUAAUCUCUGCACCCAACAUGGGGCUUGAACUCACGACCCCCCCAUCCCGAAGAUCAAGAGUCACAGGCUCUUCCAACUGAGCCAGCCAGGUGCCCCUAGACAUCAUCUUUCAAUAUGUUAUCUUCGUUUCAUAUUUUUAUAUGUUCCCUUUUAGUUCCCUCAUUUCCCACUGAUCCCAGUUUUAAAAUUCACUUAUUUUGCGUGAUCACAGGGUUGUGAGAUCCAACGCUGCGUUGUGCUCUGUGCUCAGCACAGAGUCUUGCUUGAGAUUCUUUCUCCCUUUCCCACUUGUGCUCUUUCUCUCAAAUAAAUAAAUCUUUUAAAAAUUCACUUACUUUGAAAUGUAUGAUAUUCUUUCAUGCUUGUGAUAAUUUUAGAAAUUUGGGCAUUUUCUGAAGUAUAUUUUCCCCAUUGUUCAUGCAAAGGUAAAACACCAUGUUAAAGUAUUGGCCUCUACCGUGCUUUUGUUUUCAGGGGAAAAGCGGUGGGGAGAAAAACAAUAUGAUUUUUAGAGGAACAGGUUUAAAAAAAAAUUGGGCCCAGCCCACUUAUUUCUUGCUUCUGUACAUUUUCCUCUCCAUGUGUCUUCUGUGCAAUCUUCCUAAACCCCUUUUUCUGUGCUCUUCAGUUCUGCUCACUUCACAGUACAAUAAUUACCUAUUAAAAUGUCUUUUAUCUCCAACUAGGCCUUGGAUCUUAUUUUGUUCAUCUUUAUAUAGUCAGUACCCAGCAGCUCAGAGGCAUACAAAGUAGGACCUUGGUAAAUACUGAAUUGAAUUAUGCGUAGGAUAUCCCUUUAUAGAACUUUUUUUUUCUUUAAAGAUUUUAUUUAUUUGACAGAGAGAGAGACAGCCAGCUAGAGAGGGAACACAAGCAGGGGGAGUGGGAGAGGAAGAAGCAGGCUCCCAGCAGCCGAG